AUGGAUUCCCUCCCGCAUAGCUCGGACGGGAACCAUUAUCCCAGCAUUCCGACUCAUUCCCGCGCGCCAACUUCCCUGCGCUGCUGCUGUGGUCGUGAUGACUGUGCUCUACUCGAACACAAUAAUCUCGCUCUCGAGGGUUUGGAAAAGGAUCUGGAGACCGCUGCAAAAUUAGGCCAGGUAAGUCUCCUGUCCUCUCUCUUUGCGUUGGCGUCCGUCAUGACCACCCUUCAUUUCCACGACCCUCUUGUUCCUGCAGACUGUCAAGCGUCGUCGUCGCUGACUUUUGCUCUACAGGCCCUGCUUUAUCGGCAUGAAAGCUACAUAGCUGAGGCGGAAGAAGACCGCCAGCGCUUGCUUGAGAAUGUUGAUUCACUUGAGCUCGAAAAGCGUCAGAUCAAAGCCGAGAACGCACGUGUCAUUGAAGAAAACCGUUGUCUUCUCGAACAGCUUGAUGGGUUAAACCAAGCUGCCGUCGAGUCAGACGACCAAAUUAAGUCGUUGAGUCUCACUUUGGAAAGGACAGAGGCGGAAGUACGCAGAUUGACAGUGGCUGCUUCGCGUGCUGAAGAACUCGAGAUGCAAUUGGCCAUCAUUGAGACCGAACAGUUGAAGUUACAGGACAGCCUGACGACUGCUCAAGAAGACGAGAGAUCUGCUGUACAGCGUUGGCGUAAUGCCGAACAUACACUCCGGGCUCUCAAUGACCAGGUUGAGCGCAUUGAGACGGAAGCUCGCGAGGAACGCGAGCGACAUGAGGAAAUUAUUCAGCGAAUGGAGCGCAAGCGGAACGUGGAACGUGAGUUGGAAAACGCUGCUGUUCGAUUAAAAGGCGCAGCGGCAGCUUCUGAGCUCGGCCGCAAUCCUGGUACACCUGUGGUCUCACGCUUUGUGAAGGAUAUCUUAGAAGACAAUGCGCAUCUGCAGGUCGGCAUCAUUGAGUUGCGUGAAAUGCUUGAGAGCUCCAACCAAGAAGUGCAGAAUCUACGAGAUCAAGUCCUAUAUCAUCAGCCGCUUGACGGCGUAGAUGAAGAGGAUGGUGAAUCUACUCCGGUUGCAACACUAUCUGAUGAAUUGGACGCAAAGGAACGUCGUGUCUCACAAGAAUUCCACGUCCAUCAUCAUUAUCACACCCCAACGACGACGCGCAAGGAUAAGGGUUCUCUGAAUCGUCGUGUCAAGAAGAAACGUCCCUCCCUGGGAAGCCCUGGUCCGAUGCAUUCUGCCAUGACCAAUUCCCCUCGACGGUCUAUCCAUCGCUCCCAGUCAUCAGGCUCAUCUUUGAACACCAUUUUGUCACAAACGUCCGUCUCAAUUCCACCUUCCACACGCCGAUGGUCCCUACAGUCACCAGCGGCAGAUUCAUUGGCUAGCUCUCCGCGGUCUGCGUUCCGUACUUCCUCCAUCUUUGAUCGGACCGAUCGUGGUUAUGAUUUCUCUCAAGCUACCAGCCCCGAUAGCACCGUUUUCUCUUCUCCUCUCAUCGAUGCACAUAAUACCAAGGGCUUUGACUUGACUAACAGACCAAUGGAUGGGUUUGACCAUUUCGAUCAAACGCCCAUGGACCCCCAUCUAUUCUCUGAGAAUCACUACGACCAACCUGGGUUCUUAGACCUCUGCGAAGGCGUCAAAUCUCACCCCGCUAUUCCAGAAGAGUCAGAACCUUCACCCCCUGCGCGAUACUCCGAAUCCAAAAACGACCCACACACCGCAGAGGAUAUCACGGGGCUACACAUAUCAUACACACCGUCCUUACGCAGGUCGGCAUCCCACGACAGCCUACUCUCUGUAGCCGGCAUGGACAUCCACACCUCAAUCAACCGCCAGGCUCGCAUGGGCGACUGGCACACUGGCUUACGAAUCCCCCAACGCCUCAUGUCUCCUAGUGUUGAGCUGGUUUCCACUCCCCCAAUUAUCUCCGCCCCCACGGUCAUGGUCGAUCGAGUCAAGGGCCAGCUUUCAUCCCGCUCUCUGCUUGCCUCCAUGGCCGCAAGUGCAGGGAACCUUCCAUCGGAUUCUGCAUCAGCGGUAUCGGCAGAUAGUUCCAGCACUACCUCAACAACAACACCUACCUCUCGGAAGUCCUCCGCAUUGGGUCGCUGGGUUAUGGGUCGGUGGGGUGUAUCUGCAGUACCAGAGAGAGAUCCCCAGAGCGAAGACCGCAUUGCCGCAAUUGAGUCGGCUUUGGUUCCAGAACCUCCAAAGCCAGAGUCGGAGUCAACGCCUUCGGUGCCGCCUAAGGCCACAGCUCCAGAACCUGCACCGACUUUCCGCUUCAGGCACCCGGGCGUGAACCAAAAGGGACCAAUAUUGGGUCUUCGUCCUCCGCUUCCGGCUCCGGUCACUCUACAUGCACAAGACAUUGAUGAGAAUCUCUUGCGCGAAAGCCUUGCUGAGAACGGCGAGAGUGCGUGA